GUUGAGUUUAGAAGCUCACACACAAGGUAGAAGGGGACAUCACUGGCACAUCUUCUUUCAGGCAGCUGCGUUGGGCCCCAAAACUGCCCAAAGGAAGACAGAGAGAGAGUGGGAGAGAGAGGGGUCAUAGGAGGAGGAGCUCAGACUGAAGCACACCUGACUGACAGCGAUCUCAUUCCUGAGCUGGUGAAGGAGAAGGCUCAUCAUGGGCUCCAGCUCCUCCUCCUAUGCCCCAAAAACCAUCUACUUGGAUGUAGAUGGAAAAGUCCAGAAGGUGGUUUUCAGUCGACACUGCAGCCCAUGUGAUAUCCGAGAACUGCUCUGCUCUUCCUCUAGCAUCGCCAGAAAUACUGCCAUAAUGCUGGUGGACCCAGAGGGAGCCCUGGUCUCUAUUGAUCCCACCAUGCCUGCCAACACUCCCAACUCCUUGUACAAGGUCAUGCCUUUAUCCACUGGUCAGCUGGGAGAGAAGGAAGACAUGUUUCAGAAUGUGCUGUCUCAGGUGGCGGAACAGUUUAGCAGGGCUUUCCGAAUCAACGAACUGAAGACUGAGGUGACCAACAGACUUGCCAUGCUGGAGAAGAGAGUAGAGUUGGAGGGGCUCAAGGUGGUGGAGAUAGAAAACUGCAAGAAGGACCUCAAGAAGCUGCGGGAUGAAAUGGCCUCCAGAGGAGGGGGAAGGGUAAACUGCACCUGCAAAUACAACUUCUCUGAUGAUGGGAAGAAACUCUCUCCAAGACGUGAUGUUCCAAGCUACCCAAAGUACACACUGUCCCAGGAGACUAUAGAAGCCCUGAAGAAGCCCACAUUUGAUGUAUGGCACUGGGAACACAAUGAAAUGCUGAGCUGCCUGGAGUAUAUGUACCAUGACUUGGGCUUGGUGAAGGAAUUCAACAUGAACCCCAUUACACUAAAACGUUGGCUGCUCAGCAUUCAGGAAAACUAUCGCAACAACCCGUUCCACAACUUCCGCCACUGUUUCUGCGUCAGCCAGAUGAUGUACGGCAUGAUCCACCUGUGUAGCCUUCAGGAAAAACUCACCCUGACCGAUAUGGGCAUUCUCAUGACAGCCGCAGUGUGUCACGACCUGGACCACCCAGGGUACAACAACACGUACCAAAUCAAUGCCCGCACUGAGCUGGCAGUACGCUAUAAUGAUAUCUCCCCUCUGGAGAACCACCACUGUGCCGUGGCCUUCCAGAUCAUCUCCCUGCCUGAGUGCAACAUCUUUGCCAAUGUCGAACCCGAGGCCUUCAAACAGAUCCGGCAGGCCAUCAUUACUCUAAUCCUGGCAACUGACAUGGCGAGGCAUGGAGAGAUACUGGACUCCUUCAAACAGAAAGUGGACAACUUUGACUUCACAAAUGAGGAGCAUGUCAGAUGUCUGAAGAUGGUUUUGAUCAAGUGCUGUGACAUCUCUAACGAGGUGAGACCCACAGAGGUGGCUGAGCCAUGGGUGGACUGCCUGUUGGAGGAGUACUUCAUGCAGAGUGACCGAGAGAAGUCUGAGGGGCUCCCCGUGGCUCCCUUCAUGGACCGGGACAAAGUGACCAAGCCCACAGCUCAGAUCGGCUUCAUUAAAUUUGUCCUCAUCCCCAUGUUUGAGACAGUCAUGAAGGUGUGUGAGCAUGUGAUUGAGAGAGAAGGGAAGAUGCAACCUCAGUUGAACACACGGCAUUAAGUUGUCAUUUCCCCUCAUUCAUUAUAAUUUUUUUUAUUUUAUUUAUUUGCUUGGCAGACAUCUUUACCCCUGGUAAUGCGCAUAGCUUACAAUAGGGGUGGGACAAAAUAUCGAUACGGGAAUAUAUCGUAUUACUUCCUCUUGCGAUAUGUUAUCGAUAUACUGGCGCCAAAUAUUGAUAUUUUUAUGAAAACAUGAAACACUAAACGGAUUCCCCCACCAAUCUGACUUACCAGAGUCACUAUUUCAUGACUCCUCGUGGUGGCGCAUAUCAAAUGAAUGAGGAUAAACUUGCAGUGAAGA